AUGUGUGAGCGGGCUACGGAUAGAGCGGUUUAUGCUCGUAUUCUCAUUGAAAUGUCGGCUAAUGCUCCUUGGGCUAAAGAAAUAAAAAUCAAAGCGUUCACGGCUAAAGGCGCAACCUCUACCUCCCUCCGUGUGGAGUACUCUUGGAACCCUAAGAGAUGUGACCAUGCAAAAAGUUUGGUCACGACCACGCCACUUGCCCUUCUCACUAGCCCUCCCGUCCAAAAGACGGCCACGCCCAUUCCGAAAGAUGUUGACAAAGAAGGUUUUGAAACGGUCAAAAGAAGAACUAGAGCAAUUCCUAUCCCUAAAAAGAAGGUUCAAACCGAUAAUCGUAAAGAUAAAGGGCCCGCUCUAAAGAUCGCUCAAGUCUACAAGCCAAUCAUCGUGAUCCUAAGAAAAGAAUGUGUCGUCCAACAUUUUGAUACUCUCUCGCAUCAAAGAACUAACGACACUGAAGAUGAUUCUACAUCCCUCCUGUCACCCUCCCAAGAGAUACCCUCCAAUCUUCCGAUACACAUCCGAUUUCCUCUCACGGUGGCCAUAUCUCUUCUCCAGUUGACCAGGAUUGAUGUUUUAGGUCUUGUUUAG